AUGGAAAAUUUGCGUUCCAUUUUACAUUCCAAUUCGAUAAAAUUAGCAAACAUUUUAAGAAAAGACGAAUCAAGGAGACUAACUUUACCUCUUGAAACAGCUGCAGAUCUACCUUCCAUUAUAUAUUCUUUUCAUCAAUGUUGUGAAACAGUUGAAACAUCCGAAAAUAAACACACACGUGUUAGGGACUCUGGUCCAACCGCAAUGGAUGCAUCGCUCAGUAUAUAUGUAUCAUCAAUACAAGAUAAAAAGAAUAAUAAAGGAUCUAAACCUACCGUAAUGUAUUUAGACUUUUCAAAUAAUAGUACCCUUGAAAAAUCCUUCCUGAAACCACUUAAAACAUUUGAAAAUCUGCAAGUUUUUUCAUUAUCAAAUACCGGUCUUAAAUCCGUUCCUAAAACAAUCUUAAAAAUGCAUGGUAAUCUUGAAUAUCUCGAUUUAUCUUAUAAUUUCAUCUCAGAAAUCCCAACUCGUGCAAAAUGGUCACAUAUUAGAGGAAUAAAUCUCAGACACAAUCGAUUUUUCCGAUGGCCGGACGCCGUAACGCCUGCCAUUAUGCCCGAUCUUGAGUUUAUCGAUAUUUCCCAUAAUACGUUAACAGGUCUCAUUCCCGAAGAUAUGGUGUUUGAGCAGUUAAAACAUAUUGGAAUGUCCUACUGCUCUUUAACUAAAUUCCCAAGCUUUAUUCAAGGCUUAAUUUCUCUGAAAUCAAUAGAUAUAAGUGGUAAUCAUGAUUUGCAACAUUUUACUCUACAUGAUUUAGAUAGUGCUCUUUCUCUCGUACACAUUAACUUACAAGGAGUUAGAAUACUAGAAACUGCAACUGUAGCUCAUUUCCCACCAAAUUUAAUUAUUGCAAAGUAUUGCCCUAACUUUAAGAGGCUAAAUAUUCAGAAUAUUCUCUUUAUUAUGUAA